GGUGUAUAGGUGUCAUUCCCGUGAGGCUUUUCUUUUGCUUAAAGCUUUAAAAGCUAACAUAGAAAACUUUUAAUUCACCUUAUAUUUAAAGCUUAGCAAAUGAUGUACAUAUGUUAUGUGCGUUUUUGGAUUAGGUGAACUACAAGUAUUUUAAUAAACUCCGAACUACAAGUGUUUUGAAACAAAUUCAGCAUAGCACAUGUGCCUAAGUGAAUGAGUGCAUAUAAUAAUUUAUUCCAAAUUUUGUUUAAAGUACAUACAUAUAUAUGUGUUUAAGUAAUUUUACGACUUUAUGUACUGUUGAUAUAUGUGAGCCAGAAUACUUUCUAAAAUCCAAAAUGGAUGAAAUUGUACCAUCAAUAAAAUCAGAUGGAGGAAAGAAUAAUCAGGAAGUGAAGAUGCAAGAAGUUGAUUACGUUCAAAUUGGGCAUAAAACUAAUGAUGCGAAUUUCGUACUUUUGACUGAACAAAAACGAGGUUGUGAUGAGGAAAGUCUUGAGAAAAUUGAGUUUAAAAGCAACGAUUUAAAGGCAUUUGACUUUCAGGGUAAAAUAAAUACUUCGAAAAAUGGAGGUCUGAAAGUUGAAAAGAAAAUAUCAGACGGAGGAAAUAUUACUCAAAGUCCAAAACUUUAUAAUUUUGAAAUACCGCAGUCCUCAAUAAAGUUUGGCCAAUUUUCAAAGAUUUCUAUAACCGAUAGUAGUUUUUAUGGAAACCUGAUUGUCAAUCCGCAUAAGACAAUUGAUCUUGUCCAAGGAAGUAAAUUGGAUAAACAGGAGAAGUUUAUUAAAUCUCAGUCUAUUGAAUUCUACCUCGAGCAAAGUUCUUUGAGUAAUUACCGGAAUCCAGAUUCUUGUUUCCUAAGAAACAUACAAAAACAAUACUGCACUGAUUCCAGAGAUCCAGAGUUCGCAGAAAUGUUGGAAUGUGUGCCAAAGACUUCAAAGGAAAUUGACCAUUGCCUAAGUUUGGGCAACGAAUUCUUUAAAAAGUGCCCUACAGCAUCAAAACUUCAAUCAAUUGAAAGUCGCCCCAUCUAUCCGAAUGUGCCAUAUAGCCCCUAUAGUAGUCCUUUUGGAAGUCCACAUUGCAGUCGACGACGUCCUUUCCGAGAGUCUAGGAGAAUAUCGAUUGAAAAAUCUGGAAGCUUUCUUCAAUUAAACCAAUAUAAAUUGAUGGAACAAAUUGGUCAGGGCUCCUACGGUCUCGUUAAAUUGGCUUACUCCGAAGAAGACUCAACACAUUAUGCUAUGAAAAUUCUGUCGAAGAAACGUCUGGCACGACAAGCUGGACUUAUGCGUCGGGGACCUAGGAAAACUACAUCACCGCUUGAUCGAGUUUACAGAGAAAUAGCUGUUUUAAAAAAACUUGAUCAUCCUAACGUUGUAAAGUUGGUAGAAGUGUUGGAUGACCCGCAGGAGGAUUCAUUAUACAUGGUUUUUGAAUUGGUGCAGCAAGGAGAAGUUCUAAGAAUUCCAACAGAUAAGCCACUGUCUGAAGAAAGAGCUUGGAGAAUUUUUCGGGAGUCGUUACUUGGAUUAGAAUAUUUACACCACCAAAAAAUUAUCCAUGCCGACAUAAAGCCUGGAAAUUUAUUAUUAACCGAAUGUGGACAUGUCAAAAUAGCAGAUCUUGGUGUGUGCAACGAAUUUCUCGGAGAAGAUGCGAAAAUAAGCAAUGGAUCGACGGCUGGAACUCCAGCCUUUAGAGCACCUGAAACUCUAGUCCUAGGAAAGAACGAAUAUUGUGGAAGAGCAGCAGAUGUCUGGGCACUAGGCGCAACUCUAUAUUCUUUAAUAUUUGGAAAUGUGCCGUUCCUAGCAGAUUCCGUGCCUGUACUGUACGAGAAAAUAAAACAAGAUUGUGUAAUCUUUCCAGAAAACCACUUAAUUAAUCCAAACUUGAAAAGUUGCAUAGUUCAAAUGUUGGAAAAAGAUGCAAAGCACAGAAUCACAGUUCCACUGCUAAAGGUGAACAAAUGGGUAACCUCUGGUGGGGACUUUCCCUUGCCGACAGAAGAAGAAAAUUGUUGUUUGGUGCAAGUUGAUGACAAAGACAUAGACUCCGUCGUUCGCAGCAUUCCCAAAUUAGACACACUAAUAUUGAUUAAAACAAUGUUAAAAAAACAUUCUUUUGGUAAUCCUUUUGUAAAAGAAUCUUUUGGAAAAUCACUAGAACCAAGUUGUAUGCGGAUAGACAGAUUUGUCCGAGCAGGUCGAUCUAAUUCAGCUCCUGGCUCAUAUCACAUAUCAACGGAUAGGCAACCUUCUGCAGAUACUUUCCUUCCAUCCGUUAAGGAACAUUGUUCAGGUCAAUGUAAAGAAGAUAUACAUAACUAAUAAGAUUGUUACAGACUAAAUGUUCAAUUUUAGGAAAACUUUCGAUCUAACUAAUAUUUCGAAGUAGUUUGAGUCCGUAUGCAGAGACUGUUCUACUCGUUCUGUAUAUGAGUUUUAGCAACUAUAAUGAAUUAAAGAAAUGAUUUUUGACUUUAAUAAAUGUCUCCCAAGUUAAAAAUAUUUA